AACAGGUGUUUGAAGAGCUGCUACCGGAAACAGCAAAACAUCUUGACAUCAUACGUGCUUGCGAAGCCGCGAGGAGCUGGAAGGAAUGGAGUAUUUUGCUUGGACGGCGAGGAGGACCAACACGGAACAAGUGCCGUUACCGACUCGGUAAUCCUGGCUGGUCGAGCCAAUUAAAUCCAACGGUGAGACCAAUUGCUGCGGGUUGCUGGAAGUUGGUCAAGUAGCAUCAGCUAUCUCGGGUUACCCGUUUACAAAUUGUGUGACAAAUGCCGACUGACUCGGGUUGGCACGAUUGAGGGCGAAAUAGAAAUCCAAUGUUGGCGGCCUGCUUGCUGGUUAUGGUUUGUUGGGACACGAACUCCCAACGGGUCUCCAUGAUCGAAGGAAAUCUCGAGCACAUGACGGGCGUUAUUCUGCGAAAAUCGUAUCCCCCGAGAAGGGCGGAACAAUGCCCGGCGCAUGAGAUCGAGGAACUCAGCUUCCAGCAGGUUGUUAAGAAUAACAUGCUGUUUGCAGCCAACAUCGAGUUGCUCAAUAGCUCCCUCCUGUACCUCACUAGGCCAUUGAAGGAAUUUGAAGUCACACAUGGCCGGAAUGUGAGUUGCUCCGCGCACAAUCGUGAUCAUAGGAAAAUUGAGCUUCAAACCUUCUUGUAUAUAGUAACCAGUACGCCGCCAAGAUCCAAUAACCGCUAAAAAAAAAGAAAGUCAACAGACAGUGAGAAAGCAGCUGAUAAUUUGAGGCAGGUAUC